AUGACAAUAGAGCAAGCAGAGCGACGGCGCUCGGCGUGUGUUAACGGAGCGGGAGCCCGGCGGGGGGACCCGGGCACGGAUCCCGAGGGGGGCGAUGGUGGUGGUGAUGAUGCCCAGCGGGACGUCAGCGAGGACUACGAGGAGGCCUUCAACCACUACCAGAACGGCGUGGACGUGCUGCUCCGCGGCGUGCAGGUUGACCCCAACAAGGAGCGUCGGGAGGCCGUGAAGCGGAAGAUCACCCAGUACCUGCGGCGUGCCGAGGAGAUCUUCAAUUGCCACCUGCAGCGGGCGGCGGGCGGUGCCAACACCACUGCCACGGGCUACAGCAGCCUGCGCUUCCGGCCGAUCAGGACCCUGAGCUCAGCAGUGGAGAACCUGAGGCUCUGUAAGGUUGUGGGAGUGAUUGAUAAGGUGCAGAUUGUCCAGGAUCCAGCCACUGGUGAGACCUUUAUACUCAAGAGCCUCCCCAAAUCCCACGUUGAGACUCGUAAGCGACAGACCAUCAUCCCUCAUGGGGUCCCCUUCAUGGUCAAGCUGUUGUGCUACUAUGUGAGUGAGGACUCCAUCUUCCUCCAUCUGGAGCACGUGCAGGGAGAGACACUGUGGUCUCACCUCCGCUCCAAGUACUGUGUCCAGCAGGACGGUGCUGAUGCAAGCACCAUUCAAACCCUGAGGGACCAUGGCACAGAGGACGGUGUGGGAAACUCCCAGGGUGUCAGCCAAGUAUCCAUCCUCCCUGUUGGGAAAGGCAGUGGCCUCCCAGGCUCUGUGAACUACCAAGUGUUGGGAAACGCGGAUGCCUCACUCCCUCAGGAGCAGUCCCCUGGCAACACAGACUCUGGCUCAGGAAACCGCUGCCAGCUUCUGCUGGCUCCUGCUGGCGGCAGAGGGGCUGCACCUGGAGGACAGGAUCUGAGUGUGGCACAGACUGUGUCUGGUGUUGUGGACCAUUUUCCAGCAGCGUCAGCCAAAUGUCCUGGCCACCUCGGCAGCCAGCAGGGCCUGGUUGUCUACCCAUGGAAUGAUCCAACCAGUGGCACAGGCUGCAUAUCUGAGAAAACAGCCUCCCAACAAGGCCCCAGGCUUCCCCAGGGGCUGGUCCCUGUUCCAAAGACUGUGAGAAGGGGGCAGCCAGGGGCAGGGAAGCUGCCAGCUCAGAAAGUGUCUGAGGCCUCCCAGGCUCAGCCCCUCCAGGCUGUCGGUGAGAGGCAGCUCCCUGCAGGAGUUGCCCUGUCCAGCUCUGGCAAACCCAGUGUGUCUGACCCAGCCAUGUGGGAGCCCUCAUGGGGAGCAAGCCUGACCUGUGGCCGGCUCAGCAAACAGCCACCAUCAGGACAAUGCAGGGCUUCGGCUUCCCAGGGGCACAAACAGAGAGCAUGGGCUGUGAAGGAAGAGCAGGUGCAGCUGUGGGCAGCAGAAAUCCUCCUGGCCUUAGAGGGACUUCACCAACAGGGUGUAUUGUGCCGGGACCUCAACCCCAGGAAUUUGCUGCUUGAUACAUCUGGUCAUGUCCGUCUCACCUUCUUUGGCCAGUGGGCAGAGGUGGAGCCCCAGUACUGCAGCCAGGCACGGGAAGAGCUGUACAGUGCCCCAGAAGUGGGGGGGAUCAUGGAGCCCACCGAAGCAGCUGACUGCUGGAGCUUUGGCUCUCUCUUGUACGAGUUGCUGACAGGAGUGCCCCUCUCCCAAAACCAUCCAUCAGGGAUUCAGCCUCAUACCCAGCUGCACCUGCCAGAGGGCCUCAGCCUGGCUGCUACAUUGCUGCUUACUGAGCUCCUGCAGUACAAUCCAAAACGGCGCUUGGGCUCCGGAGGAGGUGGCAUAACAAAGCUGAAGUCUCAUUCCUUCUUCAGCACAGUUCCGUGGAACAAGCUGGUGGGCUAGGCAGGCUGUCCUUCCCCCAGGAAAGGGGCCCUGGGCUGCUUCCCUGGCACUUGUGACCCCAGGUGACACUGGCAGCACUGCCUGCUGGGGAAGGCUUGCCUCAAGGGCUGCCCUGUGGUGGGGUACACAUGAGGUUUUGCAGUCUUACAUGUCCUCUGUCUCUGCUUCUGUUUGUUGGCAUCUCCAAAGAGGAAGCAUCAGGCUGGGCCAGGCUGUCUUCUCCAGGUUCUCCCUGGUGGGAAAAGGAACCUGGAUGCCCACCUCCAGGAAGUGGUGGUGUUCCUCUUCUUGGGGCAUCCCUUCCUCAGCUCAGCACUCUGCCCUGGAACUCCCUCCCUGUGUUUUCUAUCCUCACAGUAACCCCCUACUCUGCUACUUUUUGUGGCCUUCAAAUGCAGGCCCGCUGGGCCCUGCUGGCUGGAGCCCAAGCCCACGGUCUCUGCCCCUCCCUGACUGCAUAGGUGUGUGUGUGUGGGUCAUCCCUGCUGCAGGGGUGAGACAAGAAGGAGCCCUCUGCUUUUCUCCCCCUUGCCCUCUGAAAGAAAAUAAACUACUUAGUAUCACUUAGAGAAGUGUCCUUUUGUUUCUGAGCUGCAUCAGCCAGGUGUAGGCCAAGCCUGCUGAGUG